AUGGCGUGCAAAGAUUCGUCGUACAGCGUCGAGGACACUUUUGUCCUGGGAGACAUGAAAGUGUCAAUUUUGAGAUUCUUGGUGCCUUUGGAUUACAAAAAGUGUGAUACAACUAUCAGUGUCUGUGUUAAGCUCGUCAACAGCUACAGGUACGGAGAGCCGACGGAUUUUGUUUACGAAGCAGACAUUUCAAGAAACUUGGAUCACAUCCUGCUGUAUCUGCAAGGUGGGCCUGGCUAUGAGUCGGAGUUUCCCAACGUCGCUUCGCGCCCCAGUUUUCUGUCUCCCCUGCUACGUAAGGGAUACACGGUGCUGCUACUUGACCAGCGGGGCACAGGACUUUCGACGCCUGUACAUGUUGCCAAGUUGCUGAGUCUAGGGUCUGCCAAGGACCAGCUUCACUUUCUAGAGUGUUUCCGUGCGGACUCGGUUAUUCGCGACUGCGAGAAGAUCCGGCUGGAGCUUAUUGGCCGCUGUAAAUGGACCUUGCUUGGCUACUCGUACGGUGGCUUUUGUUCUAUUUGCUACUGCUCAAUGUUCCCGGACUCGCUGAAAAAAGUCCUAAUCUUUGCUGGACUGCCACCCCUCACGGGGGACCUGUCACAGGUAUCCCUAAACAAUCUUGCUACCGCUAAACGGAGGACUCUGGAAUUCUACGAGGAGUAUCCGGGGAGCAAGCAACGGGUGGAGCGGAUUGUUGAGUAUCUGCGGAAAGAAAGACCUGUGCUGCCAAACGGAGGCAUUCUAAGUCCUGAACGGUUCCAGCAACUAGGAAUACAUUUUGCCACUGUCGGCGGUUUUGGAUGGAUGAACAAGCUGGUUGUCACCAUGACUUUGGAGCUACAAACCACGGGCCAGCUGUCGUACACCACGCUGAAAAAUGCUCAGGACGGGUCAGGGUUCGACUCCAAUAUGUUGUACUUCUUCUUCCAGGAGGCCAUCUACAUGAACGGCGCUGGGUCCAGCAGCCAAUGGCUUGUCAACAAAAUAAAAGAACGUGUCCAUAAUGACGGAGAAUUUUAUUUCACCAGCGAGUACCACUAUCCCGGAAUUUGCGACGAUUUCCAGUCAUUGAAACGCCUGAAGCCGCUGUUGGAGCUUGUUCACACGUACGACGGAUGGGACAAAAUCUGGGAUUUAUCGAGGUUACGCAGCGUCACGCUCGCCAAAUUGCCGAUUUACUGUCUGCUCUGCUACGAUGACCAGUACGUGAGCACCGAGCUUGCUCUGGCCAAUUCUUCUAUCUUUGAGUUCAAGAGAUGGAUCACCACAGAGUAUCUUCAUGACGGGAUCAUUGCCAGCGGCGAGGAAGUUGUUGACAAACUCUUCCGGCUAGUUGAGGGAAGAAUUCCGAAAUAA